AUGAGUAAUCGGCGGAGGAAAGAGCGAUGGAUGGCUCUACUAGGGUGUGUGCCCCCGCAAAUGAGUAGAUCUCAGUUUUUGGAGGAAAGGAAAGGGCUGUAUGAUAGUUACUUGGUGGCGGCUGAAAAAACAGUUCCUAGUGCAACAAUAUCUCUGAUUAAGAAAGAUAUUGAACGAACUAGAAUAGUCCAGGGCGGUGCGGAAAUGAAUAAUGACUUUGUACAGGAAAGGAAAGAAGCUAUUGAAAGAGUCCUCAUGGUUUAUGCACUGACCAAUAAAACUAUUGGCUACGUACAGGGCAUGAAUUGGAUCUGUGCAAUUGUUCAUUAUGUAAUGAUUAGUGGUGGUGAAGAUGCGUACGCUGAGUCUUUAACUUACUUCUGCUUCUUUGGGAUCAUGGUAGAUAUGGGCGAUCUAUUCUCUGAGAAAAUGGACGUAUCAGCCCUAGGAAUGAGCGGCCAAACCGAAGCCAUCCUUGCUAUUCUGCAACAGAAUGAUACACAACUAUACCAGGCACUACAUGAUAUGGAUAUUUUCCAUCUAUCAGCCUUUCAUUUGCGCUGGAUGUUCUUGUUAUUUGCUGGUGAACUACCACUCUCCGAAACUCUUUGUUUAUGGGACCGAUUAUUUCAAGAACGACCCAUACACCGGUUUCUUCCCUUCUUCUGUGCUGCCGUUCUUAUUCAAAUGCGAAACCAACUAAUGGGCCGGGUUGUACAUGAUGCCUUACUAUUACUGCAAAAACCAAAGAUAGACAUUCAACUAUCACUCAAAAGAGCCGAAAAGAUGAUGAGGAAAGUCAAAACAAAUAAAUAA